CUUUAUUGUUUAUUCGAAAACCCUCCUCAAAAAUUUGUGGAUAUUUAGCUAUAAAAAGCACUAAGAUUUUCAGAAUGGCCAAGAUUCCCGAAGAUGGAAAGCAUGAUCCCGAUGAUCAGAUAUUUGAGGUUGAGAAGAUUUUAUCAAAACGUAAAAAGCGAGGCAAAGUGGAAUUCCUUGUCCAAUGGAGAGGUUAUGGCCCAGAGGAGGACUCUUGGGAGCCAGAAGAAAAUUUAUUUGACUGUUUAACUGCUAUUGAGGCCUUCAACAAGGAAAUGAAAAAAGGCAAAUCUAAAACAAGGCAAAGUCGUGUGGAUGACUAUUUGCAGAACUCGCGUAAACCAAUAUCUUCGGGCCCCUCACAAGAAGAGGAUCUCACUAAAUAUCAAAUUUUACACAAAAUAUCAUCCCCACCUAUAUCACCACACAUAGCUACCAAGAGAAGAAGACAACCAGAAAUUAAGCCUGCUGAAGAUGAGAAACCAGAGAGAAGAAAUAUAAAGGCUCCAAAAGAGAAAUCUUUUUUAAAAAUAUUAGCAGCAGUUACCUUGUUUGUACUGCUUAUUUUAGCAAUUGUGCAACCUGUAGGAAUUAUUAGUAAAUUAAAGAGCGCUUAGUCAUAGACAUAGGUUUAGUUAAGAUGUGUUGUGGUGACGCUAUGCAGCUAACUGAAAGUGAUUCUUAUAAAAUGCCCUCCAGCUUUAUAAUGCAGGCUGGGUAUCAAGUGUGUCCAGUUUCAUACUGCGGUCUGUGAUUCACUUGCGCCCGUAUUGUUGGAACUGGACAAAUAUACUUGUACCCAGGGGACAUAGAAACUUACAUAUUGAAAUCAUGUGUCUAAGAGUAUAAAAUUUCACAUGUUGAAGUAUGGUCACAACUCGAGUUGCGCUGAAGGUGACCAGUAUUAGUAAAAUUUACUAAUUGUUUAGGAUGGGUGCCUGACCAGCGGUAUUGGGGCCGUUUUAACUGGAUACCCCUGCCUCUUACCCAGGCGCUUUAUAUUGCAAUGCUAAAAAGCCUUUGUAAAAAGCCUAAAUAUGAAAGCGCUGGGUACGAGGCAUAUGGGUGACAAUGAACUUUCUGUUUCUAGGGACAAGGGCGACGUCGGGGUUUACAAAGUUAUUUAAUACAUUCAUAUAACCAUGUAGCUUUAAAUGUAGCUUUACUUAGCCGUAGAACUAUUUUAAAUUUUUUAUGUAAGGGUGGUAUUAAUAAUAUAUUUAUUGUGCAAGUCGAACACUUUCACGUGAUUCGAGUCAG